AUGGGGGGAUCGCGGUGUCGGGCACUGUCCGACUGGCGUCUGCGAGAAAAGUGUGAAAAAGGAGACGAAGUGACAAAUAAUACAAAAAUUUGAUCUGUUUUUAGGAUUGGCACUGCUGCCUUGGCGGUUCAGGUGGUUGGUAGCAACUGGCCCAAGCCACAUUACACGUUGCUUGUUACGGGCCUCUGCCGAUUCCAGAUCCUGCAGCUGCUCAAAGAGAAGCCGUAUCCUGUAGCUGAAGUUGAACAGUUAGAUCGACUUGAGCAGUUUACUAAUCAGCAUAAAUCUGAGGAGGAACUUGGAGAGUUGUCAGAACAAUUCUACAAAUACGCAGUGCAGCUGGUCGAGAUGCUGGAUAUGUCUGUCCCUGCAGUUGCAAAGCUGAGACGGCUUUUGGACAAUCUGCCUAGAGAAGCUUUGCCAGAUAUACUGACUUCUAUCAUCCGUACAUCCAACCAAGAGAAGCUUCAGAUUUUAGAUGCUGUUAGGCUGGAAGAACGAUUCAAGAUGACUAUACCAUUGCUUGUCAGACAAAUUGAAGGCCUGAAGCUGCUUCAGAAAACAAGAAAGCCCAAACAGGAUGAUGAUAAAAGGGUUGUAGCUAUUCGUCCUAACAGAAGAAUCAAUCACAUUCCAAGCACUACAGAAGAUGAGGAGGAGGAAGAAGAUCAUGAUGAUGUCGUCAUGCUGGAAAAAAAGAUUAGAACAUCCAGUAUGUCGGAGCAAGCUCUUAAAGUUUGUCUUAAGGAAAUAAAGAGAUUAAAGAAGAUGCCUCAGUCAAUGCCAGAAUAUGCUUUGACAAGAAAUUAUUUGGAACUGAUGGUAGAAUUGCCAUGGAACAAGAGUACAAAAGAUCGCCUCGAAAUUCGUGCAGCUCGAAUUCUUUUGGAUAAUGAUCAUUAUGCUAUGGAGAAGUUGAAGAAGAGAGUUUUGGAGUACUUAGCUGUCCGACAGCUUAAAAAUAAGCUCAAGGGACCCAUUCUUUGUUUUGUGGGGCCCCCAGGAGUUGGUAAAACUAGUGUUGGAAGAUCAAUUGCAAAGACCUUGGGUCGAGAGUUCCACAGAAUUGCUUUAGGAGGAGUCUGUGAUCAGUCUGAUAUUCGAGGCCACAGGCGCACCUAUGUUGGCAGUAUGCCUGGCAGAAUAAUCAAUGGACUGAAGACUGUUGGGGUUAACAAUCCAGUAUUCCUGUUAGAUGAGGUGGAUAAACUGGGGAAGAGCUUGCAGGGGGAUCCUGCAGCAGCCUUGCUUGAGGUCUUGGAUCCAGAACAAAACCACAGCUUCACUGAUCACUACUUAAAUGUUGCCUUUGAUCUGUCCCAAGUCCUUUUUAUAGCUACGGCCAACACUACAGCUACUAUCCCACCUGCUCUGCUGGACAGAAUGGAAAUUAUUCAAGUUCCAGGUUAUACACAAGAAGAAAAAAUUGAAAUUGCACAUAGACACUUGAUUCCUAAACAGCUUGAACAACAUGGCCUGACUCCACAGCAAAUACAGAUUCCCCAAGUAACCACACUGGAUAUAAUUACCAGGUACACGAGGGAGGCGGGGGUCCGCUCGCUGGACCGGAGGCUGGGGGCCAUCUGCAGAGCUGUGGCAGUGAAAGUGGCAGAGGGACAGCACAAAGAAACAAAGCCAGACCGUGCUGAACUGGGUGAGGGAGAAGAUUGCAAAGAGCAUGUCACAGAAGAUGCAAAAACAGAAACCAUCAAUGACACAGCUGACCUGGCUUUGCCACCUGAAAUGCCGAUUUUAAUUGAUUUCCAUGCUUUAAAAGACAUCCUGGGGCCACCCAUGUAUGAAAUGGAG